CUUUCUCCCAACCACAUCCACUUUAUAAAUAAUAAUCUUUCACAAUGGGUUUCACCGACUUCGUUUCUGAGACUGGCCUUUCUUUGGCCAACACCUUCUUCAACAACCGGAGCUACGUCGUUGGCACUGCUCCCUCUCAGGCCGAUGUCGUGACCUUCAAGGCCUUCUCCGGCGCUCCCGACGCUGAGAAGUACCCUAACGUUGCCCGCUGGUACAAGCACAUCGCCUCUUACGAGUCUGAGUUCUCCACCCUCCCCGGUGACGCCUCCAAGGCCUACACUGCCUACGGUCCCGAGGCUUCGGAGACCAGCCCCCAGGACAAGCCUGAAGAUGACGACGAUAUGUCCCUCUUCGGUAGCGACGAGGAGGAGGAUCCUGAGGUCGUGAAGGAGCGUGAGGCUCGUCUCGCAGAGUACAAGAAGAAGAAGGAGUCCAAGCCUAAGGCCAUUGCCAAGUCCCUUGUGACUCUUGAGGUUAAGCCUUGGGAUGACGAGACCAACGUUGAGGAGCUUGAGGCCAACGUCCGUGCCAUCGUGAAGGACGGCCUUGUCUGGGGUGCCUCCAAGUUUGUCCCCUUGGCCUACGCCAUUAAGAAGCUCCAGAUCAACCUUGUCGUCGAGGACGAGAAGAUCUCCACCGACGAACUCCAGCAGGAGAUCGAGGAGGACGAGGACCACGUCCAGUCCACCGACAUUGUUGCUAUGCAGAAGCUGUAAUUGAAAUGCCUCUUAUGAAGAAUGGAUGAUGAUGGAUAAUUUUCAUGUUUAUGAAACGGAUUUUUUUUUUUUUUUUU